CCUAGCUAUACUUGGGGGCGGGAAACUGUAAUCUGCACAGUUACACUGGAGUUGUUCUGGCCUUAUUCCAAUCACACUCCUAGGGUGUAAGUGCACUAGGAGCUGGAGCACGGGUUAUCUCCUCGCUGUAGCGCCGAGCCCUUGACCAGUAGCCGGAGGACCCAGAGCUAGCCGCGCUCGACGGCGCCAUUUGUUGCUCGUUCACCUGAGCGACGCCACUUCUUGAGGAAGAUCACUGAAUCACACACACACACCUGAGCAUGGAGAACGGUUUGGAUGAGAAUAUCUACAAAAACCCCGAUGCGGAGAUGAAGCUGGAGGUCAAUCACGAGACCUCGCUGCAGGUGGUCGGCGGGGAGCAAGUCGCUGAAUACGAUGAGGUCGCCCGCUCCCCUUCCCCGAGCCGUUCCUCCCCUUCCUCCUCCUCCUCCUCAGUGGCUUCCAACGUCGAGAGCGCGGAACUGGACGAUCACCACUACGGCUCGGGGCAGGACGCUGACCAAGAGGAGGUGUUCGACAGCAAGGACGAGGUGGACGAGUGGCAGAGCCACAGCCCCAGCCCCCAUAGCUUGCACCUCAACGGCAGCCCCAGGCCGGGCCCGGGCGGCGAUGACCAACAGCCGCAGCAGAAUUUCGACAUCUCCCUCUAUGUCAGGGCUGGCAUUGAUGGAGAGAGUAUCGGUAAUUGCCCCUUUUCCCAGCGCCUCUUUAUGAUUCUGUGGCUGAAAGGUGUUGUGUUCAAUGUCACAACAGUUGACCUGAAGAGAAAACCAGCUGAUCUACAUAACCUAGCUCCUGGUACUCACCCUCCAUUCCUGACCUUUAAUGGAGAGGUCAAGACGGAUGUCAACAAAAUUGAAGAAUUCUUGGAGGAGACUUUGUGUCCACCAAGGUAUCCCAAGCUUGCAGCAAAGCAACAUGAUUCGAAUACUGCUGGAAUUGACAUCUUUGCAAAGUUUUCAGCAUACAUUAAAAACACAAGGGUUAAUGCUAAUGAAGGUCUUGCAAGAAAUCUGAUCAAAGCCCUGAAGGUGCUGGAUGAAUAUUUGAAUUCUCCAUUGCCUGAUGAGAUUGAUGCUGACAGUGUUGAUGAUGUAACUGUGUCUCAUCGCAAGUUCCUUGAUGGUGAUGAGUUAACAUUGGCUGAUUGCAAUCUUCUACCCAAGCUGCAUAUCAUGAAGGUUGUGGCAAAGAAAUAUCGGGACUUUGAGAUCCCAACAGAAAUGACUGGAGUCUGGCGAUACCUGAACAAUGCCUAUGCACGGGAUGAGUUCACCAAUACAUGCACUGCAGACAGUGAAAUUGAAGCUGCUUAUGCAGAUGUGGCAAGACGACUUUCAAGAUCCUAAAUCAAUGAGGGGUCAUGGCAAAUGAGUGCUGAUGACAAAAGACUACUUUCAUUUGCCUUGCUUUUUAAACCUAAAUUCAUCCAUUAGCACCAUAAGGUUUCAUUUGUGUUCAUUUUAGUUGGUUUUAUGCUUGUAAAUAACAAACAUGUUUAAUUACUCAUGAUCUUUUUUCUCUCUCCCCCCCCCCCCCCCCCCCACAUUAAUCAAUGCCCAAUGUCUUUUGUUUGGAGCUUAUUGCUUGUCAUUAGGAUUGUAUGUGGCCUUAUUAAGAACUUCAAAUAAGUAGGCUUUUUCAUGGUACCAAACUGGAAUCAUCUUUCUUUUGGGAUUUCACAAGUGCUGCAAGUUCUAACAAUAUUCCCAGCUAUUGUUAGAGAAAAAUAAAAUGGAAUUACAAGGGUGAUUGAGUUUAAAGCAUAGAACUCAACUUGUCAGUCAUUUGUGAAGGCUGGUUGAGGAACUAAAUUAGGAUUCUUUACCCAGUUAGUCCACACUAAUCACUAAAGCUUCAGCUUCAAGCAAGCAAUAUUAAAGUUUUGUUAUUUUACUUCCAAUUGAUUGUAGCUUUCUUUUCUGAUAUCCUGGAGGUCAAUCAGAAUACCAUUAAUUCUUGCUUUAUUUGUUACUGAGAGCCAAUCUAUCUCAAAUCAGAUAUGAAAAGUUCUUGGACACACAAAACCAAACUAUUCAGUUAUGCUUUUGUGCAAAGUUGCUGUUUCAUAAUAGGAGUACUGUACUUCAUCUACAUUGUCAACAUUGUUAUUUGGGUCUGGUUUCUCAUACGUAGGUGACCCAUAUACUUUGUUCUUUAUUUUGCAUUGUUCAUUUGACUUUCAAGGAUAGAGUUAAAGCAACUUUGAGAACCGACUUUACUUAAAAUAGAAAGUAAAUUCAUAAGCAGUCAGAACCUCUUAUUUAUUAACAAAAGAUCGAGAUUUUCAGAGAAUGCCUAAGGAUGGUGUUUUGCAAAGGAAAAAUACUUUGCAUACUUUUGCAUAGUUUAUUUUAAGAAAUUGAGAUCCCGUGAAAAUAAUUCACACUAGAAAUGGAAUGUUUUGCAGGUAAAAAUAUGCAGAACUGAAGCUCAAACAUUUGAUAUAAAUGUAUGGGUUCACAUUGUGCAUGGUAUUAAUAUUGAAUGUGAUGAUUUGUUUGAAAAUUUUGUCCACCAUUUUACUAAAAGGACAGAAAAAUGCUGCAAUCUGGAGCAAUUAUCACAUCAUAUUUUCUUAUCGUUGACUGACAGUGGCAUUGUGACCCCUUAUGACCUUGAAAGAGGCAGACAAAAAUGUACAAAUGCUAAAAUUUCAGAAGUUUGGGCAAGCUGCCUUAUCUCAUUUACCAGGAGAAAUAUAAGCAGCUGAUUAGAAGUUAAUGCAAGCACAUGAAUACAAUAUAGGUACUACAGUGUAUCCCCGCAUUACAGUAAUUUGGGUCACGGAAAUUUGCUCUUAAGGAAUUCACAGAUCAGUACUAAAAAUUUGAUAAAUGGAAUAUAAAUUCACUCCUACAGAAUUAAUGUAAGGAAAAAAAACAAAAAAUUCAAAAGAAGCCACGAAUUUUAUCAAUUUUUGUCAGGGGUUUGCAUUAUGGAAAAUUGCAAUAUGGAUGGUUUUCUAGAAAUGCAACCCUUCUGCAAUGUAGGGUUGUACUUCAAGUUUGUGGAAUAAAAAUAAAGAUAUUUCUUCAUCAGAAAAGUGAAAUAUAGAUGGUUAAAUUGCGCCCUCUGGUGUUGCUUCUAAAAUAUUGACAAAAGUUUUGUUUGAGGACUGAAUCAACUGUAAUUAGUUGAACUUGUUUGAAGUUUUGAACUUUUAUUGGGACAAAGUGUUGAAACUGAGUUUUAUAUCCAAGCAAGAGAAAAUACAUCUAAUUACUGGUAGAUGGGCCAAGCAAUACUGUCUUUUGACUCGACGAAAUGUAAAUUAGAGUGAGUAAAUCCAAUGUCACAAUGAGUACCAAAAGAGUCAUCAGAGACUGCAUUUUGUUUACCCCCACACAAAAGGAGACGUUUAUGGUUGAUGAGUUGGCAGCAUUGGUCAUCCCAAGAGCCAUCCUGUGGCCCUUUUUUUUUUGUUGGUUCAGCAGAUGGAAAUAAGGAAGAUAGCAGUUUUAGCUGACUGGCACAAGUAUACUUUGCCCCUUGCAAAUUCUUCCUGAUAUCAACAGAGAGUACAGAAGUUCUUUGGUUUAAAAAAAAUAGGGAAGAAAUUAAAUUCCAUUUUACUGUAAGUCACUAAAGAUAGAAACAUUGUACCUGCCAUUUUAUUUUUACAAUAUUUUUAAUUGCUUCCUGAGAGAUGGCUGAGACGUUGUUUAAUCAGCUCAAGUUAAAAGUUUCUUCAAUUUUUCAAAUGUGCAACAGUUAUUUUUUCUAUUAUUUAAUAAAUGUUUAAUUUCAUAUUAAUUAAGCAGGGUGGAUUCCAUUGAGAACUAAUUGCAAUUAAUUAAUCACUGAGCAUUAUACUUUUUCUGGACACUUUUAGACAAAAAUACAUUCUUCAGGUAAUGUUGAACUGUCACCAAAUGAAAGCUGAAGGAAUCUCUUUUGGGUACAGAUGUUUUCCUAUUUGCAGUACUAGGAAUCUCCUGUUACUUGGGAAUACAGAAGAGUAACUGUAAGGAAGUCUGGGGGUAGACACCCAAAAUACAAGGCUGGAAUUUCCUAAAUCAGGUUACUUCCUGGACCAUCCUCCCCCACAAAGAUUUCUGUCUGCAAGAUCAUCAUAAUGACUUCAGGCCAUCUCCAGCUUUAAACAUGUAGGAUAGCUUCAUCCCCAGGAUCGUAGUAGGUUAGCAAAGCCAUUAAAAGAAGUGUUUGAAGCAAGUAUUUCAUUGUAUUACCUUGUGUAACAUAAACCUCUAAUCUGUUAGCAACUGAGAGGCAAGGGAUUGCUGCUGGUGGAUAAUCAAAACUGGUAAUAUCAUAACAUAGAAAUAAAUAUGUAUUUAAUAAAUAUCAUCUAACUGUUCAGUAACCCAACAAUGAAGAGUACAAACUGCAACAGAAAAUCUUUCACUCACUUUAGUGUGCCUUAUAUAUAUGCAGCAGCGUCUACUCUUGUGGGCAGCUGCUAUAAACAGUGCAAGCUCAUGGCUCACUGUUUUCAUUAUAACACAAAGAGGAAGGCAGGCAACUCUGGUGAUGGGAAAAUGUUACUUAUUGGACUUCCACUUUUCUAUGACAAUGAAUGUAGCUUCAGCAGGUUGAUGCUAAGAUUGAGAACCUAUUGUAAGGCUAUUUCUCUUUUGAAAGUUGAAGAAUGAUUUGGAUGCUUUUAAAACAGUGAAAGGUUUUGAUUAAGCAAAGGCAAUUUCCUCUGGUUGAGGAGUCCCCCAAAAAGAUCAUCAACUUAAAACUCCUACCAAGAAAAUGAGCAGAAAGAUUAGGAGAAAUUUCUUUCCAAUGGGAAUUGUUUAGGAUGUGAAUAUUUGCCACGGAAAGUCAUUGUAGAUGUUGUACUGUCAAAAAUGGAGAAGAAGAUAAGUUUUAAAGUACGAUUUAAUGGGGAGGGAGUGAGGAACAGGGUUGGGGUUAUUCAAGCAAAGGAUACGAGGGGUUUAAUGGCUGCCAUCUCUACAGGAAAUUUAUAUGGUUCUCUAAGUUAUCAAUUGUAAGACAUUUACCUGACCCUUGUCACUGGUAUGUGUCCUGUGCAACUUCCAUAUGAUACACAAAUUACAUUUUUUUUUAGUGUAUUGAGACUGAAAAUGCAAACCAUUUAGUUUUGGAAUAAAAAUCAGAAAAGGCCACUCAAAUUUAAUUAGCUAAAAAAAAUGAUGACGUGAUCCUUUGCAUUAGGAGCUAAGCGUGUAACUCAUCUUAAUUUACACUGAAUUAAGUGAUAUUCACAAGCAUAGUUGCGAUGAAAGCCUUUUUUGUUUCUUGUUGACUACAGAAUUAGUAUUUUUCAUAACUGGAAAUUUUUAAGUGAUUAUAAACAGUGAAGGUCUCUCAAUUUACAGCAAAACAUAGACUUCACUGAAAAGUUGGCCAUUGUUGUUAGCUUGAGAUGUGCACAUGUGUUUUUGUGUACAAGUAUAUGGCUUCAUAGUAAGACUGUUUGAGAAUCUUAACCACAGAAUGUACAAUGAAGAAACCACUAGAUAAAGCUAGAUGCUGAAGUGAUUUAAUUUUUUGCUCUGAUUAUUUGCACUGGUUAGAUAAUUGUGCCCCAGUCUCGACUGGCAGCUGCUAAAGAAAUAAAAUUGUAUAUUUUCACAACAUUAA